CUCAACUGUUCGCAGUGUGAAUGUGCAGGUUCCAGUCAACAUGUUUCUUCUUGUGAGUGUUUUCUUCCUCCCAGCUGUUUUGGUUCAUUGUGCCGUUAAAGAAGCCCGUCUCUUCAUCACUGCACCGAAGAGUCUGGAAGCAGUGAAAGGAUCUUGUUUGAUGAUCCCGUGUCGCUUCAGACCUGCUUCAGAGGAAGAGUUUGACAACACAAGAAAAAUAGUUGCUGUGUGGAUUAAAGAUGAAUCAAAUUUUAAAGAUCAUCCAGAAAGAAUAGUUUUUAACAGCAUUAAUGCAGUUAACUACCCUGAUAUCAGCAUCAUUGGAGACCUGAAAGAAAGAAACUGCACCACCAAGUUUAACAGAUUCAAACUUUUAAAUACCACAAAGUUCUUCUUUAGAAUUGAGAAUGAAUCAUUCAAGACAACAGCUAUUUCAGAUCCUGUUCUAAUAAAACUGAAAGAUUCUCCUCCGAGGCCCAGAUUAGAAAUCUCAGGUGAUCUGAACGACCUGAAGGAGAAGGAGUCUGUCACGAUAACCUGCUCAGCUCUCACUCCCUGUCCACACUCCCCUCCUCAACUCACCUGGAGCCUCCAACAAGACGCUCACAGCCAAACUGAGGAAAACACAGAUGGAACCUUCAGCACUCAGAUCCAGAAGACCAUCACUCUGUCAGACACACAUGAUGGAGUCAACCUCAGCUGCUCUGCUGUGUAUCCUGUUGAUGGAGGAGAAGCUGUGAAAACACCUGAGACAGAGUUAACUCUCAGUGUUUCAUAUGCUCCUAAAGACACGACAGCCUCCAUCAGUCCAUCAGGGAGCUGGGUGAACCUGACCUGCUCCAGCAGAGCCAAACCUGCCGUCAGCAGCUUCACCUGGUUCAAGAACAGUGAGCAUGGAGCCAUCAGAGUGUCUGAAGGAGACUUUUACAGCUUCAAUGUGGCCGACAUAACAGAUCCAGCAAGUUUUUACUGUGUGGCUGAAAAUGCUCUGGGUAAUCAGACGUCAUCGUGGAUUCAUGUGAACAAAACAGGAAGCCUUGAUCUUUCGGUGAUCAUCAUUUCAGUGAGCAUCAGCUUUGUGUUCGUCUGCCUGGUUUUCUCUGUCUGGGGGUUUAAGAAGCGUCGACGCCCACAACAGACUCAGACUCAAACAGCAGAGUUUUCCAGCCACUUGGCGGCAGAUGAAGCAGAGAAGGACGUCAGCGGCGACAAAGGCCUUCAAUACGAACACGUCAGCUUCUCAAAGCGGAGAGAUGAAGCUUGGACAGUGUCAGCUCAGAACACCAGACAGCAGGAAGAGACCUUGUACACACAGGUCAAAGUUCACGAGCCAGAAAGCCACUCAAGUCAGGUCGCUGACGUGCCCGAGGAUCUCUACGUUAAAGUCAAGAGAAAAUGAGUGUUUCUUCAAGUCUUUUCUGUGACCUCAACCAUGUUACAAGUGUCAAAUCUGUACAUUUUUUUUUUAAAUCCUGGAAGAGAAGAAUGCUAAAGUUUUGUGACGUCAUUUUAUCACAAGCUUGAUGCAGUUAUUACAAACAAAAAUAUUUAUCCUUCACUACAGGGGUGUCAAACCCUGGAUCGGACAGGAGGCAGGGACCUCGUAGGAAUUCUCCAGUUCAAGUCAGCACUGCUCCAUGAGCUGUGGAUGGGUCGAGGCUGAAGGCUUUUGUUUGGUUAAUUGGUUUCUCAUAAACAUAUUGUCAUCAUUUUAACACCCAGUGAAAUACUGAAUGAGACAAAAUUUACAUAACCUUGUUCUUCGUUUGUUCAUUUGCUUCCAAAACGUUCAUCUCUUGAUCUUCACUCACCUCAUCAGCAGGUUCCAGGUCUAACCACCAAACAGGAAGAAGGCGGUUCUUCAUCCUUUCAUGGAGAAUUGAGUGGAGUGUACCAAGUGUGGCAGAGACUAGAGGGAACAGUGAUAUUGUUAAACAUUGUAAACUCUUUGAUUUUCCUGGAUUUCUGUUCGUUUAUGUCUCUGGUGAAACUGUAAGAUGGUGUUGAGUGGCUGUUGUGUGAAUUUGUAUUUUUGCUCCAUUGAUGGUCACAUGGGAGGGGCAACAGGGAAAUCAACAGGUCUCCUGCAUACAGAACCACACCUGAGGAAACAGAGCUAACCACUGCUCCACUGUGCCUCAACACACUUUGCAGUUUUAUGUUUAAAGUUCUUUUUUCCAUCAUUUAUUCCUGUUUGAAAACAGUGAUUGCUUUUCUGUCUUGUUUGAUAUUUCACAUUUUUUUCAAUUUAUUCUGU